AUGCCGGUUCGCCAUUCUGGAGAAGCGUACCGUGCGUUGGAAUUGUUAGAAGAGUAUCAUGCUCUUCUCACACGUCCAGGAGAUGAUGAACUGCGAUUGGCAAUAGAGCGUGUUAUAACGACUUUCAAAAACAGCUUAUUCCAAGCAUUGCUGGAUCUCCAAGAGUUUUACGAGGAAACUCUCCUCAACGAACGGAAAUCCGUGUUCCAAAAGAUUGCAGAGUCAAAAGAAGUUGCUCGUCGCUUGGAUGUCAGUCCGCCGUUCGGGACUUCAUCUGCAUCUCGAAUUGAUCAGUCAUUCAUUCCAACGCAAACCGCUCCACUUGCAACAGCGGAGAACGGACUUGGAAGUGUCGGGAACUCUUCGUAUUCUUCGAGUCAUGUAGUUCAUGAAAGAUUCCGUCAAAUUGUGAGUGGAGACGGUCAAAGCACGAAUGACGGUAGCUGGCAAACCACUGAAACUACAACGCGGACGUUUGACGGACCUGGCGGUGUUCAGAAGCACUCAGUCACGCACAAUGGGGUUAUCGAUAGUAUGGGAAGAGCGUGGGAAAUUGAAGACGUUGUAUUGGAGAAAGGCACAACCGGAUUAGGAUUUUCGAUCACUGGAGGAACUGAUCAACCAGCGGAAGAUGGUGACACCUCAAUCUACGUUACCAAUAUAAUUAUGGGUGGUGCUGCCGCUGCCGAUGGAAGAAUGAAAAAAUACGACAAGAUUCUGAAAGUCAACAAUACUGAUUGCGUAAACGUUCCUCAUGAAGUUGCUGUCAACGCUUUGAAGACAGCAGGAAAUGUAGUCAAAUUGACCCUCAAACGACGUCGUGAAGCAUUGAAUCUACCAAUUACAAGUGGACCCACUUUGGGGUCAGCUAGCCAUUUAAACAGAAGUGAUCUCACUUCGUCCUUGGGAGCUCUCAACGUUUCUCGAAGUUUUGAUGGACCUGCUCAUUCACCAAGUAUACCUUCAUAUCCACCACCACCUCCACCAGCUCAUAGUAGUUCACAAUCUCACCUUAAUCAAUCAACGCCAUUGGCAGGAUUAAGUUCUCGAGCUAGAAUGGCGCAAACUAUUGACCUCUACAAGGGUCAACGAGGUUUGGGUUUCUCGAUUGCUGGAGGAGUUGGGAACGAGCAUGUUCCUGGUGACACAGACAUCUAUGUGACCAAGAUCAUAGACGGAGGAGCCGCGUAUCACGAUGGUCGUCUCGGAGUAGGAGAUCGGAUUCUUGCGGUGGACGAUGUUGCUUUGGAAAACGUUACACACGAGUACGCUGUAAAUGUGCUGAAGCAAACUGGCACCAAAGUGACCUUAUUGGUACUCAAAGCGGACCCAAAUGUGAGCAUCGCAACGGUUGAAGAGACUGCCAGUCGCCAGUUUGUCCCAAGUACUCCACAAUAUCCUGUGACAACACCAGUGAGAUCCAGUUCAAUGCAAGAUUUCAACCGCUCAUUUGAUUCGCAAACUGCGUUAGCGUACGGGGGUCCUCAAUCAGUUGGAGGAGGAGUGGUUCCGCACCAGGUUCCAAUAACUAUGGAUCCAAGACCAGUGCCGCUUUAUAGAGGAAAUCAAGGACUCGGUUUCAACAUCGUUGGUGGAGAAGACAACGAACCGAUUUAUAUCAGCUACGUAUUGCCAGGUGGUGUGGCGGAUCUAAGUGGUAACGUCAGAAAGGGUGACGUACUUUUGGAAGUGAAUGGACGUUCUCUUCGCAAUGCGACUCACUCCCAAGCUGCGGAAGCUCUGAAAAACGCACAGAAUCCCGUUACACUCACACUGCAGUACAGACCUCAUGACUACCAGCAAUUUGAGGCAAAAAUCGAGCGUUUACGGAAUGACAUGAUUCAGCUUAAUACUGCUGGAGGUACGCUUCCUCGUAAGGAUCUUUACGUAAAAGCUCUUUUCGACUAUGACCAUAGUAGAGAAGUUGGAGUGCCACAUCGAUCUAUAUCAUUCCAAUACGGCGAUGUCCUGCACGUUAUGAAUACGUCAGAUGAUGAUUGGUGGACGGCGAAAAAGGUGCUAGAGAAUGGAGAAGAGACACAAGAAGGAGUUAUUCCGUCGAAGAAACGCAUUGAAAAAAGAGAAAGGGCUAGGAGAAAACAGGUGAACUUCAACGCUGGUUCCAUGUCGUUAGGACGGAGUGCUGGAAGUGGAAUGGAUGGCAGACGUGGAAGCAAGAGUCAGCUUUCAUUCUCGAGAAAGUUCCCAUUCGUGAAGAGUACUGACCGACUGAAUGAGUUCACCGAUCAAGAACUAGGAGUUACCGAAGAUCCAAUCUUCUCGUACCAGGUUGUGGACCAACAACAGUUGAAUUAUGUGCGACCAGUAAUCAUCCUUGGAGCACUGAAAGACAGAAUCAAUGACGAACUUGUCACAAGAAAUCCAGACCGCUUCAGCAGCUGCGUUCCUCACACUUCACGGCCUCCUCGUGAGCACGAAGUUGAUGGCCGAGAUUACCAUUUCGUCAGCAAAGCGCAAAUGGAACAUGACGUAAAGAAUAACCUGUUUAUUGAAGCCGGCCAAUUCCAAAAUAACCUUUAUGGAACGAGCAUCGACAGCGUUCGAAUGGUUGCCCAGCAGGGUCGUCAUUGUAUUUUGGAUGUAAGCGGGAAUGCAAUUAGGCGCCUGCAAUCGGUUGCAAAUAUCUACCCAAUUGCGAUAUUUAUUAAGCCAAGCAGCCAUCAUCACAUUAUGCAAUUGGAUCAUUCAUUGAAUGAAGACGAGGCCAUGCAACAAUUCCAGCGAUGUCAACGACUAGAGCAGACGUUUGGCGAUUUGUUCACACAUGUCGUUUCGCAUGGGCAGACAGCUGAGGAAGUUCUUAGUCGUGUGCAGCACCUCAUCGCUACAGAAGCGCGACCAUACGUUUGGGUGCCAAAUAACAGUAGACAGAUCUAA